GGUGGAGGAGGAGGAGGUGGAGGAGGAGGAGGAGGGGGCGGCGGAGGAGGAGCAGGAGGUGGAGAAGGCGGAGGAAGCCGUCGCUCUCCGCUGGGCCGAGCCGGUCGCGUCUUCUUUCUCCCCCCCUCCCCCCGGUUCGCCGCUGCCGCGGUGUAGUUGGCGCCGCUGCCCCUGCCGAGAGCGAGCGAGCGUGCGGGAGACGGACGGAGCGAGCGGCCGAGCGAGCGAGCGUGUGCGCGGUGCCGGGGGAGGGCCAUGGCCCGAGAGCGCCGGCGCCAGUAACGGAGCGGCGCUGAGACCCGCUGAGGGGGUGCCGGCCGCCGCCGCCGCCGCUGCCCGUCCGCCCGCCCGCUCGCCUCCCGCCUCCCGCGGCCCCUCUCCCCCCCUCCCCGACACACACACACAGGCCGGGCAUUGAUGGUAAUGUAUGCGAGGAAACAGCAGAGACUCAGUGAUGGCUGUCACGACCGGAGGGGGGACUCGCAGCCCUACCAGGCUCUUAAAUAUUCAUCGAAGAGUCACCCCAGUAGUGGCGAUCACCGACAUGAAAAGAUGCGAGACACCACAGAUCCUUCACCACCAAAUAAAAUGUUGCGAAGAUCUGAUAGUCCUGAAAACAAAUAUAGUGACAGCACAGGUCACAGUAAAGCAAAAAGCGUGCAUACUCACAGAGUUAGAGAGAGGGAUGGUGGGACCAGUUACUCUCCACAAGAAAAUUCACACAACCACAGUGCUCUUCAUAGUUCAAAUUCACAUUCUUCUAAUCCAAGCAAUAAUCCAAAUCCAAGCAAAACUUCAGAUGCAUCUUAUGAUUCUGCAGAUGACUGGUCUGAACACAUCAGUUCUUCUGGGAAAAAGUACUACUACAACUGUCGAACAGAAGUUUCACAGUGGGAAAAACCAAAAGAGUGGCUUGAAAGAGAGCAGAGACAAAAAGAAGCAAGUAAAAUGGCAGUUAACAGCUUCCCAAAAGAUAGGGAUUACAGAAGAGAGGUGAUGCAAACCACAGCUACCAGUGGGUUUGCAGGUGGAAUGGAAGACAAGCAUUCCAGUGAUGCCAGUAGUAUGCUCCCACAGAAUAUUUUGUCUCAAACAAGCAGACACAAUGACAGAGACUACAGACUGCCAAGAGCAGAGACUCACAGUAGUUCUACGCCAGUACAGCACCCCAUCAAACCAGUGGUUCAUCCAACUGCUACCCCAAGCACUCUUCCUUCUAGUCCAUUUCCUCUACAAUCUGAUCACCAGCCAAAGAAAUCAUUUGAUGCUAAUGGAGCAUCUACUUUAUCAAAACUGCCUACACCCACAUCUUCCAUCCCUGCACAGAAAACAGAAAGAAAAGAAUCUGCAUCAGGAGAUAAAUCUGUAUCCCAUUCUUGCACAACUCCUUCCACAUCAUCUGCCUCUGGGCUAAAUCCCACUUCCGCACCUCCAACAUCUGCUUCAACAGUCCCUGUUUCACCUGUUCCACAGUCACCAAUACCUCCAUUACUUCAGGACCCAAAUCUUCUUCGACAGCUGCUUCCUGCUUUGCAAGCCACCUUGCAGCUUAAUAAUUCUAAUGUGGACAUAUCUAAAAUAAAUGAAGUUCUUACAGCAGCUGUGACACAAGCUUCACUGCAGUCUAUACUCCAUAAGAUUCUUACUGCUGGACCAUCUGCUUUCAAUAUAACUUCUUUGAUUUCUCAAGCCGCACAGCUUUCUACACAAGCUCAGCCAUCUAAUCAGUCUCCCAUGUCUUUAACAUCUGAUGCCUCGUCCCCAAGGUCAUACGUGUCCCCAAGGAUAAGCACGCCUCAAACUAACACAGUUCCUAUUAAACCUUUGAUAAAUACGCCUCCUGUAUCGUCACAGCCAAAGGUUAGUACUCCAGGUGUUAAGCAAGGACCAGUCUCACAGUCUGCCUCUCAGCAACCAGUAACUGCUGAAAAGCAACAAGGUCAUGAACCAGCCUCUCCUAGGAGUCUUCAACGAUCAAGUAGUCAAAGAAGUCCAUCUCCUGGUCCAAAUCAUACUUCUAGUAGUAAUGCAUCUAAUGCAACAGUUGUACCACAGAAUUCAUCUACCCGACCUACAUGUUCAUUAACACCUACCCUAGCAGCACACUUCAAUGAAAAUCUUAUAAAACACGUUCAAGGAUGGCCUGCAGAUCAUGCAGAAAAGCAGGCAUCAAGAUUGCGUGAAGAAGCUCAUAACAUGGGGAGUGUUCAUAUGUCAGAAAUUUGUACUGAAUUAAAAAACUUAAGAUCUUUAGUCCGAGUAUGUGAAAUUCAAGCAACUUUGCGUGAGCAAAGGAUACUAUUUUUGAGACAACAAAUUAAAGAACUUGAAAAGCUAAAGAAUCAGAAUUCCUUCAUGGUGUGAAGAUGUGAAUAAUUGCACAUGGUUUUGAGUACAGGAACUGGUUGCCCAAUCUUAACAAUUUUGAGCUGCAUUUGAGUAGACUUUGGACCGUUAAGCUGGGCAAUGGAAAUGACAAGGGGAUGGGGACAUGAAAGUCAAUUCAGGGGAAGCGACAAGAUUAAUUUGUAAUACCCCUGAAAUGUAGAUUUCUUGUAGAUGUAUUCUUCACGUUGUAAAUAUGUUUUGUAGAGUGAAGCCAUGGGAAGCCAUGUGUAUCAGAGCUUAGACAUCCAAAACUAAUCAAUGCUGAGGUGGCUAAAUACCUAGCCUUUUACAUGUAAACCUGUCUGCAAAAUUAGCUUUUUUUUUUUUUUAAUUUUGGGGGUUAAUUUAUCAUUCAGAAAUCUUGCAUUUCCGAAAAUUCAGUGCAGGCGCCAGGCGAUCUGUGUCUAAGGCUGCAACAAUUUGGAACAGUUUGGGCAGUGUACAAAAUAUCAUGAAACAACUGUUUCCACACUUGCACCCAAUCAAGAGCAGUGCUUCUCCAUUUCUGUUUUUGCAGAGAAAUGUUUUUCAUUUUCUGUGUUCCAUUUCCCCUCUGAAAUCCUAGAUCUGAUUUUAUCCAUUUUUUAAUGCUUCUAAUUUUCUCUUUUCUUAAGGCACUGUUGCUAUGGCACUUUUUCUAUAAUCUUUUCAUUCCUGUGUACAGUAGCUUAAAAUUGCAGUGAUUGAGCAUAACCCACUUGUUUGUAUAAAUUAUUGAAAUGUAUUUCCAUUUGCACCCUGUAAGAAUGGACUUAUAGUACUGCUGGGCAUGUGUGCUGAAAGUACAUUGAUUGCUCAAAUAUAAGGAAAUAGCCCAAUGAACAUGGUUGUGGGAGGGGAAAGAGGAAAAAAAACCUAGUCAGAUGUGAAUUGUAUCUGUUGUAAUAAACAUGUUAAAACAAAAAACAAAAAAAAUGGUUACUUUUCAUUUCCUUCGGUCAGCGCAUAUUAGAAUUUGACUACUUGGGGAUUCUUUAUCAGAACUAUUCUUGUUGAACAUUUGUACUUAAUUGAAAUAAUCCCUCAAGAAAAGUUUUGUUUAAAGCUUGUAAACAAAAAUUUCUGUAUAAAAUAUUUAAUGAACUAUGACAUUCAACAAGAAUGAUCAAAAUAUCCCCAAGGGUUGUCAUAUGUUAAACCCUGGUUUACCUGUCUUGCUAUUAUGACAUUUCAUUUGGAAGGAUGUUUGUGUUGUAGCUAACUGUUCAAGUCUGGUGCUGACUGCUGUUCUUAGCCAUCACAAAACGCUAAAUUUGUGUAAUUGGAGCAUCCCACUGUUAUCUGGAAAUGGUGGAAAGCUCAGCUUUGUAUAUUGUUUCCUAAAGUAUAUUAAAAAUAAAAAAAGAAACUAUUGCUACUACAAAAUCAACUUGGCUUUUUUUUCCUUUGCUAAAAUCUUCAUUAGUCCUCACAUGGCAUUAGCAUGACACUGCCAGAUAUGUAUAAAUUUCAAUAGUUUUUGUAUGCAGUAAAAUCUUUAUUUCAAAAUCUUGACUUGAAAUACUUUUCUCCAUAGAGAGAUUUCUUCUGUUGGGGCAUACACUCAUGUGCUUUCACAACUGCCAGCACCAAGGGCUUAUUUUAAUAUCUUGGACACUAAUGUAAUAUUACUUACAUUAUGGGAUACUGACUUAGAGUACCAGAGUCACUUGUUUCUGAUACAUUAAGCUGAUUUUAUAUCAAGUGUCUCUUGGGAGUUUUAAGGUUCAGUUUUUUUUUUUAAUCAAAUUUUAAAAUGUAAGAUACAUUGAGUAUUCACAAAAAUGCAACAAAAUCUUAGUGUGAUUAAGAGAAAUUAAAAUUUUGUAUUUAAUCUCUAGAGGAUUGUUUGCUGUUUGAACACAAAGUAGCUUUUAUGGUUUUUUUCCCCCCUUCUAAGAUUAUCCAGAAUGUAACAGAAAAGGUAAAUGUCACAAGAAAUGUUCAUACUUUUGAGACUGGUACUAUAUGCUAGACUUGGAAAUAGUUCAUUCAAAUGUAACUUUUAAGAGCUGUAUUAGCCUAAAUCUGUUACUCCUUACUAUUUCAGCACUGUGCCUUUCCUAGAAAGAAGUAGGUAAUUUAUUUUGUGAUGUAGUAGGCAAAUGUUCACUGAAGUGGAUGGUGAUUCCUCUUGUGAUUUAAGCUAAAUUUGAAUACAGUUUGCGAAUGUGAAACAUUUAUUGAUCUAUGCCACUUUGUACCUCCCCAUUAAAAUAUAUGUGUGUAUAUAUGUAUACAUACAUUUACAUGUUCAUGCCUCUAAAUGAAGUAACCACAACUUAUAGAAAGCUAACCUAAAGUUGCAUAAAUAGUGUAUUUUUAAGAUUAACAUUGAAAAAAAUAAAAUUCCAAGUUGGAAUAUUUUUCCAAUUUAUUUGAUUUGUCCCAUAAUUUUUAUAUAUAGAUAUAAUCUUACUACAGCUCUAAACCUUUGUUUAAAACAUGGUGUCCAGCUGUUGACCCCUUUUUUUUUUUAAGCAACCUGGGACUAUCUGUGAGUGCUAUUAAAAUAGACACCGUAUCCCAUUUUUUAUUUAGUUCAUCUGUCUGUUGGCAUGUGUAGCAUCACCAUGGUUUUAUUUCUCCUGUGGGUGGAUGAAUUGUCCACAGUCUUGGAUUUACGCACUAGUGCCAUUAGUGUCUCAUUUUGGUGGGCACCAUUAUUGACAGUUCAAAAAGAAAAUUACCAAGUGGCUCUUGGGAACUUUUUUUAGUUAAUAGAACUUGUAUAAUACAGUGUUCUGGGUGAUACUGGAACCAAGUGAAUUUUGUGAAGAUUUCCUGUUUUAAUUCUUUGAAGACCUUUCCAUGGAAGGUUUCUUGAGAAAUUUCUUCAUCCUUUUCCUUUUAAGUGAUGGAACAUUUUGUUUUCUACGUUACUCCAAUUUUUUUAAGUUUUGAAACUCAUAGACUGUACCAGAUUAAUCUUUAGUAAUAAAUUCUGGAGUACAUAGUUUUUAUGAUUGCCCAAGAACUGAAAACCAUAUGUCAAGCUAAAACUAUAGAGAUUUAAUUUUUUUUUUUUUUUGCUGGAGGGUUGGGGUAGGCGGGGUGGCAGGGGAAUGAAAUAGGGUGAUUUUUUUUCCUUGAUUUUAAAUCUAAUAUUUAUGCCCCAGAUAUUUGUUACCAAUGAAAUUCAACUGUUUUUGAUGUUUUGCUGCUAAAGUUUAAAACUUCCUCCUUGGGAAGGAAGUAAUUUGUAAAGAGUUAGAUCAUUUAAAAAAGAAAUCAGUUCUUAUUCUGCUGAUAAGCCUAACUUAACCCUGAUGUUGAAGAAACUAUUUUCUAAGGGGAAGAAGUAAUUCAUUCUGCAUACCACAACAAUUGUAGCUUAGGACUUAAAACUAUUGUUUUUAGAUGUGGGGUUUGAAAAUGCUGAUUUAUUUUCAAUUACCUGUAAAUAUGGCUAUAUUCUUGUAUCUGUAAUGGAGUGUAUAAAACUACACUAAAAAGUAAUAAAUAUGUUUUGACUA